AAACGCUGGAUAUGUUUAUUUAAAAAUGAAAAUGAUUUCUUAAUCUGUCCGCGUUCACAUUUACAAGUACAAGUCGUAAGGCGCAAACAAGAAAACGUAAACAUGUGAAUUCUCACAAGAGCUUAUCUUGUCCUUACCCUUUCGCCACAAGUCGAAAACUUUGCAUCCAUACCAACGAUAUUAUUAUUAUUAUUUAAAAUUUAAUAAGGAUCGUGGAAUAUUUACGGAGCAUAGAAGUUCGGAUCUAUUAUAAUUUUUAUUAAUUUAGCCAGAGAAAUAAAUUCCAAGGCUAAAGUCUUAAAACACUAGCGUGUAAAGCUAUCGGCUUUAUUAAAGCCUCUACCGCAAUUCUUCGAGAUUCUUCGCCUUCGGCCAAGUUUAGAUUUGUUUGGCUAAAUCAUUUGAAAACCCAUUAUUUUGGAUAAGUUUGCGGAAAACGUUGUUACCACAGAGAAAAAAUAUUACGUUGCUUAGUAGGAAAUUUAAUUUUGAAACUGCAGGGACGCCAUAAGUUCGAAAAAUCAGGCUUCGACUUUCAAAUUUCAAUUUUGAAGGAAAAAUUUUGCUACUACUGCAAACAACUAACAAAUUCCAUCUCUAAAUUCAACAUAACCAAAAAAAAAAUUGGCAAUGAACAAUAUAUAGUUAUGAUCUCACUCUAAGCUAAAGCAAACCUCUGACGAAAGCGAAUACAUUCAAAUCUGUUUUUGUGCGGUCUUUUUUUGCGCGUUUACAUGUUCCCUAUUCACCGCAUAAAAAAAAAAAACUUUUUACUUGUGUUGCUUUUUUUAUGCGUUUACGCGGUCCCUAUUCACCACAUGAAAAAAAACUUUUCGAUUGUGUUGCGAAAACUAAUUUUUACAGGUACACACAAACCUGUUUUUAUGCGAUCUUUUUUGUACGUUUACGUGGUCGAUAUUCACCGCAUAAAAAAAAAACUUCGAUUGUGUUUCGAAAACUAUUUUUUAUAGCUAUACUGAAAUCUGUUUUUGUGCGGUUUUUUUUGUGCGUUUAUGCAGUCCCCAUUCACCGCAUAAGAACAGCUUUAAGUGUAUUCGCUUUCGUGAGAAGCGUGCUCACCAUAGGGAACGAAUAUAUACAACAACCCAGCUGUUCUCUUUAUCAGAAUAUUGUUGUCACGCCUGCAAUUUAGUAUUGAUUUCAUUGCUGUAAGCACUUCUAGAGGCGUGGUAGAAUUAUAUUUAAAUUUGUUUCUUUUUAUACUUGUCCAACUAUCCAAUCCAGUUAAGUUUAAAUUGCCUGUAAAACAACAAUGCUAAGGAAAGAAAUCUGCUUUUUGAACCAUUUCAAAUUGGGUAGCUCCGGCAAUCACCUUUUUAUACAUUUUUGAAUAUUUAGGGAAUAAUUAAAGCCAACAAAAAAACACUAUGUUCAUUCUAGUUGGGUGUACUGUAAUCACCAGCCCUAUUUCCCAGAAUAGAAAAAUGCGAUAUUAACCUUCUAUGUCGAAAACGGCCAUGUCAGUCAAGUUAUUUGUCAUACGCCAUCCGCGGUUAUCUACAAGUACUUUCCCCUACUUUCUGUAGCCGUUCUCGUUGUGUUUAAAUCGUCUGACGCUUUAGCUAAACGUACGGAAUGGUUACUGUGAAUGAAUUCAGCUUUCCACUUAUUUCUUGAACAAGCCUCGUACAUGUGCAAUAAAAUCAAGAAUUUUUUAUGAAAUCCACGGAGUAAAUAUUGCAAAUGUCGACUGUAGAUAUGGAAUCAUGUUUGUUCUUCUCUUGUCCUUGUCCGUCUAAUUCAUUUCAGCUCACUUACUUACUUAGUGCUUACUAUUGCAUCUUGUUAUCGAAAUUUUUCUCGCUUGCUAUACAAUCUAUAAAAUUUCUCUGCAAAGUAUUAUCCCAAAUGUUUUUUAGUGUUGACUAAGUCCGAAAAUAGAUUAGCUGAAGUCUAGGAAUGGUACAAUUUCAAUUUCUUUUUAAGACUGCUACGUUUUGUAGCAUUUCGAAAAUGAGAUUGUUUUUGUUCGUUCUCUUUGCAGGUUAUAUAUAAUAUAUAUAUAUAUAUAUAUGUAGAACCAGUUUUGUUUCCAGUGUAGUAAAGUGUUGAAAAAAAAAAUUUGAAAGACUUGUAAUGAAGUAAAAGGGUAAGUGCCAUAAAAACACAAAUAUAAAUUUAUGGGACAUUUUACUAUCGAUAAUUUGGAAAAAAAAACAAAACUUCACGAUUUUACGAGAUUACAUGUUUUUUUUUUCUGUUCACUAUAUAUUCAUUCACCUCAGCUAAUUAAUGCUCAAAGUGUGAAUUGAACCGUGUUAGUGCGUGCUCAAGCGGAGGAUGCCCCCAUUAUAUUCCCCCCCAACACAAAAAUCUGAUCUUUGCUGACGGUGGUGUCUGGAGCCUUGCAAGAAGACUCAUUAUCUCAAUUCAAGUAAAAAAAAAAAGAUAGUAAUUGUCUUGUUUAUUUCCUCAAUACAAAAAAAAAAAAAAAAAAAAAAAAAAAUACCAAACAAAAAACAUGCAUACAAACAAAACUAUGUUUAUUUUGUGUUAUAUAUAUGAUACAGAAAACGCACGCCAAUCGUCCGUCACAAUCUUUUGAGCUGAGCCCAAAACUAAAGCAAGCGCUGUGCAACCGUCUACGUCACGUCUACUAAUGACGUCACACCUCAGCGAGAGGACUCUAUACUUACUGUAAAUGCGUAAAUAACACGUAACAUAGGGCACAAACAAGCUCUCUCUCAUCACCCAGUAUGAAUGAAAGAUAAAUUGUUGUUCUCUUCACUUUGCUGUAUUGUUGUUGUUGUUACAGAGCUAGAAAAGCGAAAGAGAAAGAAAGAGAGAGAGAGAGAGAGAGAGAGCGAGAGAGAAAGUGACAAAUUCUAUGUGUGUGAGUGCGCGCCUUGUAUUAACGCACCCCAGAACGGGCGUUAUGCAAGCAACGACAAUGGGAGGAGCUAAAUUAGAGAAACGCUAUUCGCCUAGUUUCCGCGAUGAAACUCAACGUAAAAUGAGUUCAUCGAAACGUAAAAGAGACGACAUUCUCAGAAUGAAGGUACAUAAGAAUGGAAAUGCGGCCGAUGUUAUUAAAAGUAUUUCUCAAUUAGAUAACUCCAAUAAGCAAUACUUUCUUAUGCUAGAAAAUAUAACGUCACAGUUUCGUAGUCCCUGCAUUUUGGAUUUGAAGAUGGGUACGCGGCAGCAUGGAGAUGAUGCUUCCGCUGAAAAACGUUCGAAGCAAAUGGCCAAGUGUGCUGCCAGCACUUCAGCUUCUUUGGGCGUGCGGCUAUGCGGAAUGCAAACUUAUUUGGCCCAUUUAGAGCAAUAUGCAAAGCGCGACAAAUACUGGGGUCGAGAAUUGACUGAGGCAGGCUUUAAAGAAGCACUACACGAUUUCUUUUAUAGCGGUUAUCAUUUACGUAAACGUGUUAUCAGGAAAAUUCUGCAACGUCUACUGCAAUUGAGACGAGUUAUUGAAAAACAAUCCAGUUACAGAUUUUAUUCCUGUUCACUUCUAAUAGUAUAUGAAGGGCAUGAAGAAUGUGCCAUGGAUCAAUCCAUGGACUUUGAUGAUUGGACAUCGAUAACUGCUCAAACAACUGCCACGUUUGAUUCUAAAUCGGAGGGCAACAGUAUUGACGAUGAUGACGAUGCAGAUGAUAUCGAUGCCGAUGAUCAAGAUGAAGCUGGCCAUGAAGGCGGUGAUGAACUCGAACCCCAUGAUUUAGAUGAAGAUUUGCAUAUAGUUGCCGCCGACAGUGGUAAUGCUUCAGCAACCAAUAGCAGUACUGGUGGCGAACAAUGUUACCACACUGAUGCUUCCAAUUAUUUAUUUACUACCGAUAUGAGUCUUGCCUCCCGUAAACUAAGUAAAGAGCCCACGGUAUGCAAUAAAAUUGCAGAAGGUGAUAAAAAUUUUGUAAAUUUAGUCAUAUCUUCCUCUGAGGAAGAGGAUGUUCAAACAAUGCUCCCACCUCGUUCAGAAGAGGCAGGAAGUAACAAACUGAACGCAACUUCAGCGUCCAGCCAAUCUGCAUCAUUCAUUCCAAUCUCCGAAGAAACAGUAUUUUUAGAUCCUGAACCUCCCCUACCAAGUAUAGCGACUUCGUCACCUCACUCGGGUGACUCGUGGAUGAAUUACAGCAGCAAUAGUAGUGAUGACUUUUCCGGUUUGUCCGAGCAAAUUAAGGCCGUUAGUGGGCGUCAGACUGGCGAUAACAGUUCAGAUGAGGGUAGUUCGGACUACGACAGUAGCAUCAUUAGUCAUCAAACCGAGGUGAUGCUAAAACGUUAUAAAGCACACCACGAUUCAUUUGAGACAAGCUCCGUGACAGAAACUCUUCAUUCGACGACGAUAACACCACCCGAAGCCCCUGCGCCAACAAAUGGUAUGAAACGUACAUCCCUCGCUCCUUCGCCCACCUCUUCAAUUGCGUCGUCUCUGAAGUCGAUUAAAGGAGCCGUUAAACGUUUGCGAUGCAAAGAUGAUGAUGACGAGGAUGAUGAAAGCAAUUUAGAUUAUCCUGAUGGCAAAAAGGAAACAUUUGGGAAAACUUUUGGGUGUAAGAAGUCUUCUAAUUCAUUUUCAGUAUCAUCCACGCCUGUUUCCAUAAUGGCAUCACCUAGCAAGCAAUGUUUUUCCUCAGAAAUAGUGGAAAGUCAAAUCAAGAGUUCUUUACUGACCGAUCGACUGUUGGACAAUUGCGUCAUCGAAACGGCAAAUGAUUGGCAAAAAAACGAAACAUCUACGAAAUCGAUAAAACAGCGCAAAUUUUUACAACACGCUUCCAAAUCCUUAGAUAUGGGUAAUAGCGCGUAUGGUGCUCAUACCAAAACCUCACAUGAUGAGGGGGAAUGUUUAGUAGAUGUACGUCUAAUCGAUUUCGCUCAUACGGCUUUUGUGCCACGCAAUGGUAGCGGUUUAUUUCCAAAUCAAAUCACAGUACAUCAUGGACCCGACAGUGGUUUCCUUACCGGAUUGGACAGUCUCAAUCGAUUGCUAAACGAAAUUCUCGCAGAAGAAAUUAUGCCCUAGAAUUGAGAUCAUCAAAUAUGUUGCGAUAGAGCAAUAAGGCAAAUUCAUUAUUUAGACACUUAAAACACUUUGAUUUUACAAGCAAAGCAGACCGUCUCGACCUUUUCCUUAGCAAAUUAAACAAAAGUCAUAUUUGUGAAAUCAUGCCCAAUUUGUGAUACUAUAAAACUGAUUUUUGUAUUAGGACUUAUUAUAAAAACAUAAAAAUUAAGAUGCGAAACAAGUUAAUUAAAUCAAUACAUAUAUAUAUAUAUAUAUAUAUAUCUCACUUAAAUCAAUCAUUAAUUUUGCCAAAAGAGAAAGGAAAAAAUAGAGCAUAAGUUGAUAAGUUGAUCUCUUCAAAAAAAAGAAAAAGCUAAAAUCUUUAAAAACGAUGAUGAAAUGCAGAAUUUCCCGCUAGAAUUGUUGUUAAAGGAAUGAAGCAAUUCUAGCAGCAUCAUGACGAUGAAGCAAACCGGAGCAAAUCUAUAAUUUAUGAAAUUUUAGAAAAGAUUCAUGUCCGUCUUUUGUUCGAACUGUGGAAUAAUAGGAUAAAUGGAUUGGUUUAAAACCAAUCAAUGCGUUUUAUCCGCAAAGCUGAAGUCAAUAUUUAUAGUGACAACAACCAAUAAUUACAAUUUCGAUCGACUUUUGGUCAAUAAAAAUUAAUCGUAAAACAUUUUUGACAUUAUUAUGAAAAAAUUAUUUGUUUUUUUUUUUCUUUUUUUUUGCCCUAAUAUUUAUCAUAGUAAUUUUCAUGUAACGUUUCUUAUGCGGCAACAAAUUUGAUUUCAAAAAAAAAAAAAAUUCAUUAAAAUGGAGUCGCGUUGCACGACUGUGUUAACCUGUGUUUCCAAAACGUUUCCAAUACACUUUGUACGUAACGAAAAUUCGCUUUAAAUGCAUUUUCAUUUAAUUUCGUUAAAAAUGAUUAUUUAUUACAAUUAAAAUGACUUCCUCUAAGAAAAAUUUCAUUGAAUUAAGUCUAGUUUAGGAUAGAAUUGAAGAAAAAUGUUGUUCGCCUUAAGGGCGAAUUUUAUAUAUCCACCAUCUUAAACAGGUUCACAUUACAUUGAGGCAGUAUUGAAUACCCCCGAUCGAAACAAUUAUUGCAUUGUAUAAUCAACGUCCAAAUUGAUCAAAACCUAGCCCAAGCCACUGCUGAAAAUAUACUUGGCAAAAGUUACAGUCGUGUCAAUUAUAGGCGAAAAUUCAAAUCAUUCAAAUGACACGCACGGCUCCACAAUACUUUGCAACAUGUAGCGUGAAUAUUUCCUAUUGUAAAUGGAUAUAAAGAGAAGAUGUGGGUAGUACAGUUUAUGUACGAAUUCCAGACUUAACUUAUCUGGUAGAAUUCUUAACUUAAUUAUUGUUUUGAAAUCCUUGACAUUCAUAAUAAUAAAAAAUUUGAGGUUAUAAUUUAAAAAAUUGGAGGUUAUGUUUUACAAGUAUUUUGGAAUUUCAAUAUAAGCGAAAAAGUAAUCUUAUAACUGAAUUUAAUUAAAAAGAAAGAAUUACUUGGCCUUAGAAUUGAAUAAGUUCUUGGUUUUCCAAGUUAAGUUUUAUUUAUAAAAAUAUAUUUGGAGACGCGCUAAGGUAGUGAUGCUGAAAAAUUUAAAGCUCAUGUACUUUUAAUGGACGUACUUCCCUCGAACCCUCCCCUGGCCCGUUCCACUAAACUGUCAAAACUUCGUCCAUGUAACUUUGCUUCCUUCUCUCUUUCUAUCUUGUUUGCGGAUCCAAGAACUUUAAAAACAACCGAAGAUGAUACUUACGCCCCCUCCCCCCUGCCUCUAAUAAGUACAUUCAACUUUUACAAACCGAAUGGGAAAAAAUAAUAUACUUUCUUAUCUGACGAUGGUGGAUGGUAAAAAAAAAGAAAAU